CCCGGUAAGGAGGCAGGUCCGAGGACUGCUCGGACACACCGCCGAGCAGUCAUGCGGCCGUCCCCGCACCGCGCUCCCGGGCUGCUGCUGGUGCUGCUGGCGCUGGCGGCUCAGGCCCCGGCCGAGAAGACACCAGCGCUGUGGCCCUGGCCGAGCUCCGUGAAGGUGUCCCCGAAGCUGCUGAACAUCGCAGCGGAAAACUUCCUCAUCGUCCACGGCCCCAAUUCCACGGCGGGCCCCUCCUGCCCGCUGCUGCAGGAAGCGUUUCGGAGAUAUUACAACUAUAUUUUUGGUUUCCACAAGAGGCUUCAUGGCCCUGCUAAUUUUCAAGACGGAGCUCAGUUAGAUCAACUUCAGGUCUCAAUUACCCUGCAGUCACAAUGUGACUUCUUCCCUACUCUGUCUUCAGAUGAGUCUUAUUCUCUACUUGUGCAAGAACCGGUGGCUUUCCUCAAGGCCAACAGAGUCUGGGGAGCAUUACGAGGCUUAGAGACAUUUAGCCAGUUAGUUUACCAAGACUCGUAUGGAGCCUUCACUAUCAACGAAUCCAGUAUUACUGACUUACCAAGGUUUGCUCACAGAGGAAUUUUAAUUGAUACAUCUAGACACUACCUGCCCAUGAAGACAAUUUUUAAAACUCUGGAUGCCAUGGCUUUUAACAAGUUCAAUGUCCUUCACUGGCACGUAGUGGAUGACCAGUCUUUCCCCUAUCAGAGCACCGCUUUUCCUGAGCUAAGCAAUAAAGGGAGCUAUUCUUUGUCUCAUGUCUAUACACCAAGCGAUGUCCACAUGGUGCUUGAAUAUGCCCGGUUGAGAGGAAUUCGAGUUAUACCAGAAUUUGAUACCCCUGGACAUACACAGUCUUGGGGAAAAGGUCAGAAAAACCUUCUAACUCCAUGUUACAGUGAAAGAAAGCAAAUAGAAAAGGUUGGACCUAUAAAUCCAACUCUAAAUACAACUUAUACAUUCUUUAAAACAUUUUUCAAAGAAAUCAGCAGUGUGUUUCCAGAUGAGUACAUUCAUUUGGGAGGAGAUGAAGUGGAUUUUGAGUGUUGGUCAUCAAAUCCAAAAAUCCAAAAUUUCAUGAAGAAAAAAGGGUUUGGCAAUGACUUUACAAAACUGGAAUCUUUUUAUAUUAAAAAGAUUUUGGAUAUUAUUAAAUCCUUGAAGAAAGGAUCCAUUGUUUGGCAAGAGGUUUUUGAUGACAAGGUUGAGCUUCAGCCGGACACAGUGGUUGAAGUGUGGAAGGGUGAAAACUACUUAGAGGAGCUAAGAGAAGUCACGUCAUCUGGCUACAAGGCAAUCCUUUCUGCUCCUUGGUACUUAGACAUCAUUAGCUAUGGCCAAGACUGGAGACAAUACUACAUAGUAGAUCCUCUUAAUUUUCAAGGGUCUGAGAAGAAGAAACAACAACUUGUCAUUGGUGGAGAAGCUUGCCUAUGGGGAGAAUUUGUGGAUGCAACUAACCUUAUUCCAAGAUUAUGGCCUCGGGCAAGUGCUGUUGGUGAGAGACUUUGGAGUCCUGCAACUGUCACUGACCUAGACAAUGCCUACAGCAGACUGGUGACACACCGUUGCAGAAUGGUCAGCCGUGGAAUAGCUGCACAACCUCUUUUUACUGGACAUUGUGACCGUGAGCAUAAGAUGGAAGAGUGAACAGAAAAGUCUAUAGCAGUUUGAACUAUAAUCAUGUUGAUUUUGAAAUCAUGUAAAACUAAUAUUUGCUACUUUUUAAAUAAACCAUCUUUUUAUUGAUUUACUACCUGUA